GUUGCUACAAACCUCAGGAAAGAUCAGAUUACUUGACGUUGGCAGCUGCUUUAACCCAUUUCUGAAGUUUGAAGAAUUUCUAACUGUUGGCAUAGACAUUGUACCUGCUGUAGAGAGUGUAUAUAAAUGUGACUUCUUGAACUUGCAGCUUCAGCAACCACUCCAGCUUGCACAAGAUGCUAUAGAUGCCUUUUUGAAGCAACUGAAAAACCCUAUUGAUUCUCUUCCCGGAGAACUUUUCCAUGUGGUUGUUUUCUCUCUUCUUCUUUCUUAUUUUCCAUCACCUUACCAGCGAUGGAUUUGCUGCAAGAAAGCCCAUGAACUGUUAGUGUUAAAUGGUUUAUUGCUUAUCAUCACACCUGAUUCUUCCCAUCAGAACCGUCAUGCUAUGAUGAUGAAAAGCUGGAAGAUUGCUAUAGAGUCCCUGGGCUUUAAACGUUUCAAGUAUUCAAAAUUUUCACAUAUGCAUCUGAUGGCAUUUAGAAAAACCUCUCUAAAAACCACAAGUGACUUGGUUAGUAGGAACUACCCAGGGAUGUUAUAUAUUCCUCAAGAUUUCAACAGUAUAGAAGAUGAGGAAUAUUCUAACCCUUCCUGCUACGUUCGAUCAGAUAUAGAAGAUGAACAACUAGCAUAUGGUUUCACAGAGCUCCCUGAUGCUCCAUAUGACUCAGAUUCUGGAGAAAGUCAAGCCAGCUCUAUUCCUUUCUAUGAGCUAGAAGACCCCAUAUUACUUUUAAGUUAAUAUAAAAGCAAAAGACCCUUUCAAUCCAGACUCCUAAACUUAAUUGCUUACACUAAUCAGAAAUACUAACAUGAACUCAGUACUUAAAACCUGGUUCACAUAGAAGAAAUGCAAAGGUUUACAGAGUUUGCUAUUUUUUUCUACUUCUGGAUUUUAAAAUUUAUUCUUAUAGAGAAAGCUUAAUGUUUCAUGCAGAGUGACUCCUGUCCUAGCAGAAACCACUGUUACUUAGCAUUUAGCACUAAGAUAUUAUAGAAAGGUACCUUUUUCUCUUUAGUGCUAUUGUGAAAAAUGAAGCAUAAUUUGCUAUGUAUUUUUGUUUUCAUCUUCUCAGUGUUGACUUUAAACCAUUGCGAUGAGAAACUAAAAUAUGUAUGUAGAAAGCUGUAGAUUGCACUUUGAUGACUCACAAGUUAAAUGUGACAGAGAGAUAGAUUGGUUUAGUAGUUUUGUGAUGCACUUAUCUUAUUCCUUUUUUCUAACUAAAUUGUUACCUGUUAUAGAAAGCCAUUUUGGCUCAGUUUUGUCUGAUGAUUCAGCAUUCCCUAGACCUUUUGGAAUUGAUGAUGACUCUUUUUCUUUCUUGCUCAUUUGGCAACAUCAGACAUUGGGGAUCUGUUUCCCCCAACGUAUGUAUUCUAAUUUGAUUAGCACAGUACAGUAAACACCAUUGCCAAAAUAGAGUUUCCAUAUCCUUCUUGUUGAUUUGGGCAUUGGUGGUGAGUACAUUUAACUGUGAGAAUUCACUUUUACUUUUUUAAAUUUAGGUUUCAUUACAAAAUUUUCUAUUUAAGCAAGGAACAAUAUAAUACUCAAUACUGACCUAACACACCUUUGUGAAAGGGUUUGCACUUGUAAGAGAGCUUACGUUCUACCUAGACCAACCUUAAUAGGGUCCUCACCUUUCUGUUAAGGAGGUGCUGCACUACAAGUCUGGAAACUAUAUAGAAAAUUUUUAAAUUAACCCUCUGCUGGUAAUCUCAUAAAAUGGUUUUGACCUUUCGGUAUUCUAGUUUCUAUCUAAAGCCCUAGCAGAAAUUUGUCUUUGAAUAUAUAAACAUUAGUUGGCUGUGGGAAUUUUCCCUUUCCACAUUGAUAAAUGCCUUUCUGUGUUUCUGAAUCAGAAGCAAAUGAUUAAGGAGAAAUAUAUGUCCAACAAGACAAGAUCAGUUUAAAUGUUUAAAUGGCUAAGAACAUUUAGUCCACGUUGUCUUGUCAGCCAGCAAUUGUCAUGUAAACUGUCAUUUUUUAGAGUGCCACUGUGUGGAUUUUUUUUCAAGUGGUUAUUACAUUAAAAUUACCUCAUACUGAGGUUUUUGCACUGAAAUAUCACAGUUUCAGAUUUCAUGGUUAAUGUUGUGUGUGUGUGUUUUUAAAGGAAACUUGCAUUUUCAAUAGUUGAUCCUAAAUUCAUAAACUGCACUUCUUUACUCUGGUAAAAGUGUUUUUGUGCUUAUUGUGAAUUGCUGUAGUUAACUUUGAAUGUCAAACUUUAUUUAGAAAUACAAAAUUUACCCUGUAAGAUAUAAAUGGCUAAGUGUGUGUACCCAAUAUUUCAAGUAAAUUUCAAAUUCUAAAUUAAUGAAAGUAACAAGAUUGUAAUUAACCUAAAAGUCAGUUGAGUAAAUGCAAUAAAUAUUGGUUGCUCAAAUGUGCCAGAAGUAACUUGAAGUUUUGCAUUUACUUUCAAUAACAUAAGAUUACUUAAUUAUAAAGAAAAAUUAGGACUUUCUUUCCAGUUAAGCACUACAGGUCAAAUCUUGUAGUUCACCUGAAAGAAGGAGGGGAAAAAAAAGUACUGUGUUCAGGGUAACAUAGAAAUGUGUGUUGGUAGUACCCCCUUUUCCAUACAGUCAUUUUCUGUGAUUGGGCUAAGUGCCAUCUGAAGGGCAAAGAAAAUAACAUACGAAACAAAAGUGCUUCGAAAGUAAAUGAAAACCAUACUUUUGAGAGGCUGGUAUAAGUAUUUGACCUUGGAUUUAGCCUUUGUGUUACAGCUAAAUGUUGGUGCUAUAAAAUCUUCUGAUUGUUUACAGAUGUUGAUUCUGCUUAUGCUCCAAAGUGUGCAUGGUGUAUUUUAAAUAGUACUUUAAAGAAAUCUCUCUUUAUAAAAACCUAUACUCUGAUUUAGUAUAAGUUUGUUUGGAUAUAUAAAUCUCAUUUGUUACUGUAAAUUCAUCUUCAAAAUUAGGUUGGCGCAGGAUUUAAACUAAUAUGUAUUAAUAUCCACCAAAGCCAAUUUAACAUAUAAAUGUUAAAAUGUAAGCAUUCCUGUGGCUUGGAGCCAGAUUCUCUAUAUAAUGACAAGAGAAGUCCAUAGAGCCUUCUAAUACUGUAUGGGUACUCUUGAAAAUGAUUUCAUUUGGAUAUAAAGUUAAGGGGCCUCCUGUCACAUUCACAACAGUAUUCUCCAAAACAAUUUGAUGUUUCAAAAACAAAUGAUCAUUUGCUUGGUUUCUUCAGGAUUAUGACUAGAUCAAGUGGUUUAUAUGGUAGUUGCCAAGUGGUGGGAGGUGGCUUACCUGAAAAUGUAUGUUUGUGUUUGUUGUAUUUUUUCACAUUUUGUGAACAAAGCACAUUUAUUAAAAAUUUUAAAUUUUCUAAUA